CACGAAACUUCCGUCUUCUCUCUCGUCUCCAUACCUCCUUGCGCUUCCAAUCAUCCCCCCACCGUCGAGCCAGCUCUCCCCUCGAAUCGCAUCAACGUCAAGCUACGGGACUCAUCAAUAUCGUAUUCAACAUGUCGACAAGACCGCCGUCGAGAGUUGUCUUUGUGGGCAACAUCCCAUAUGGACUCUCCGAAGAGCAGAUCUCAGAUAUCUUCAGCGGAGCCGGCAAGGUUCUGAACUUCCGCCUGGUAUACGACCGAGAAACAGGGCGGCCUAAGGGAUUUGGUUUCGCAGAAUACCCCGACGCAGAUUCUGCGGCAUCCGCCGUCCGAAACUUGAACGACUACGAAAUUAUGGGGAGAAAGCUGCGCGUGGAUUUCUCUAAUGAAGGAGUUGGCGAUGAUGAUGGUCGAGAUAAGGACGGUGCUGCUGGCACCAACUCCUCCUAUAACCCACCAGCGAACGGCAACGCCAACAGCUCGGCUCCGAGCUGGCAGCCCACAUCCCUCCCCCCUCUCCCGCCCGGGAAAGAGCUCCCCCCCGGCGUGACCUGCGCGGACGCCAUAUCCCGGACCCUCAACACCCUCCCCCCGACCCAACUCCUCGACAUCCUCACCCAGAUGAAGUCUCUCGCGACCACGGACCCGACCCGCGCGACUGAGCUCCUCAACCAGGCCCCCCAACUCUCCUACGCCGUCUUCCAGGCCCUCCUCCUGAUGGGCCUCGUCUCGCCCGAGGCCAUCAACUCGGUCCUCGAAUCGGGCGGCCUCGCGCCCCCGCCCAUGCCCCUCGCGAACACCGGCUACGGCGGCUACCCCGGCGCGACCAACACCCCCCCCGUCGCCGUGGGAGGCGGGUAUGCGCCGCCGCCGCCGCCCGCUCUCGCAGCCGCGCCGGCCCCGGCGGUCGGUCAGGACCCGGAGGCGCUCAUGCAGGCCGUCAUGGCGCUGCCGCAGGAGACGAUCGACCUCCUGCCCGAGGCGGAGAGGGCGCAAGUCCUGGCGCUGAGGGCUACUUUUGGGGCGCAGAGACGAUAGGUUCUGGGCGGUGCGUUGACGGUGGGGACGGGUUCAGGUUAUGUGAGCCCCGGAGAAAGCCUAGGGCUGUAGAGCAUGGAAGGGCAAGGUUGGCAAGGCUGUACGGAUAAUCUAGUUUAUGGGGGCCAGGCGUUCCGGUACAUCUAG